GGAUGGCUCUCGGCGGGCGGGCAGCUGCGGCAGCUGCUGCUGUGGCUCGGGCGGCGGCGGCGCGGCGGCGGCAGAGGGGGCUCCGGGGUCGGACCAUCCGCUCUCCCUGCGCUCUCCGCACCGCGGCUUAAAUGAUGUAUUUUGUGAUCGCAGCGAUGAAAGAAACAGCAAGUUUUAACUAAAUCAGCCACCUCUGCUGACCAGGAUGUGAGACCUGAGCAGGGAGCAAAAUGAGCCACAGCAUCAAAAUCACGUACUUGUCUCAAAUUGAAAUUAUUCCAUGCAAGAUCUGUGGAGACAAAUCAUCAGGAAUCCAUUAUGGUGUCAUUACAUGUGAAGGCUGCAAGGGCUUUUUCAGGAGAAGUCAGCAGAGCAAUGCCACCUACUCCUGUCCUCGUCAAAAGAACUGCUUGAUUGAUCGAACCAGUAGAAACCGCUGCCAGCACUGCCGAUUACAGAAAUGCCUUGCCGUGGGGAUGUCCCGAGAUGCUGUAAAAUUUGGCCGGAUGUCAAAGAAGCAGAGAGACAGCUUGUACGCGGAAGUGCAGAAGCACCGGCUGCAGCAGCAGCAGCGCGACCACCAGCAGCAGCCUGGGGAGGCCGAGCCGCUGACGCCCACCUACAACAUCUCGGCCAACGGGCUGACGGAACUUCACGACGACCUCAGCAACUACAUCGACGGGCACACCCCCGAGGGGAGCAAGGCCGACUCUGCGGUCAGCAGCUUCUACCUGGACAUACAGCCUUCCCCAGACCAGUCAGGUCUUGAUAUCAACGGAAUCAAACCAGAACCCAUAUGUGACUACACACCAGCAUCGGGCUUCUUUCCCUACUGUUCCUUCACCAAUGGGGAGACUUCCCCCACUGUAUCCAUGGCGGAAUUAGAACACCUUGCACAGAAUAUAUCUAAGUCACAUCUGGAAACCUGCCAGUACUUGAGAGAAGAGCUCCAGCAAAUAACGUGGCAGACGUUUCUGCAGGAAGAGAUUGAGAACUACCAAAACAAGCAGCGGGAGGUGAUGUGGCAAUUGUGUGCCAUCAAAAUCACAGAAGCUAUACAGUAUGUGGUGGAGUUUGCCAAACGCAUUGAUGGAUUUAUGGAACUGUGUCAAAACGAUCAAAUUGUGCUUCUAAAAGCAGGUUCUCUAGAGGUGGUGUUUAUCAGAAUGUGCCGUGCCUUUGACUCUCAGAACAACACCGUGUACUUUGAUGGGAAAUAUGCUAGCCCAGACGUCUUCAAAUCCUUAGGCUGUGAAGACUUUAUUAGCUUUGUUUUUGAAUUUGGAAAGAGUUUAUGUUCUAUGCACCUGACUGAAGAUGAGAUUGCAUUAUUCUCUGCGUUUGUACUGAUGUCAGCAGAUCGCUCAUGGCUGCAGGAAAAGGUAAAAAUUGAAAAACUGCAACAGAAAAUUCAGCUAGCUCUUCAACACGUCCUACAGAAGAAUCACCGAGAAGACGGAAUACUAACAAAGUUAAUAUGCAAGGUCUCUACAUUAAGAGCCUUAUGCGGACGACAUACAGAAAAGCUGAUGGCAUUUAAAGCAAUAUACCCAGACAUUGUGCGACUUCAUUUUCCUCCAUUAUACAAGGAGUUGUUCACUUCAGAAUUUGAGCCAGCAAUGCAGAUUGAUGGGUAAAUGUAUCACCUAAGCACUUCUAGAAUGUCUGAAGUACAAACCUGGAAAAAAAAAAAAAUUAACCGAGACACUUUAUAUGGCCCUGCACAGACCUGGAGGCCCACACACUGCACACCUUUUGGUGAUCGGGGUCAGGCAAAGGAGGGGAAACUGAAAACAAAUAAAAGUUGAACUUGUUUUUCUCAUGCAUAUGAUUUCCAUUAUGCCUACAGAUAUGGACCCUUUUUCUGUCUCCACUUCUCAGUCUUUGACCUCUGUUUACAGCAGAAGGAGGGUACUAAAGCCGGAAGAUUUCCUUUUCUUGUAGCUCACUGCCCAGACUUGCUACAGAGUCACCAAUCUGUCAGUAACAACAGAGAGUCCAGCAAUAAUCGGUGACUGGCGUGCAUAGCGGAGGUGGCGGCAUUACUUUGCACAACUUGCUCUUUGUUUCAUGAAGGAAGUUUUUAUUUUUUCACCGAUUAUUGUCAGUCAGCAGGACGGCACGAAAAGGGUCCAUAGCGGUAGCAACAAUAGCAUUAUAAUAUAUUACAGGGUAAAUGGGCAUGAAGACUAUAUAUAGCUAAAAGAGAUAUUGUUUAUAUAUUGUUUUAAUUAAUAUAAAAUGUAGUUACUGGUGUAGCUUUUCCUGUUGAAUUGAUAAGGCACUUUCAUUUUGCACCUUUUUCUUUAAAUUAAAUGCUAGCGUGUUCACUGUUGUGUAGCAUGUGUACCAGAAACACAAGUUUAACUGAGAAGGCUUGGAAGGUACUUCGGAGGUGUUUAUGCUGCUGUUUACAAAAUGACUUUUAAAAGACUGGCUGGUCAUAUCUAGAAAUCACCACGUUGGAUUUUUGUUUUUACGUGUGAAUUGGGGAUUAGACUUGGAACUCUCCCAAAAAUUCUACUUCGCUCUUUGACAGGUUGAAAGACAGAUGUGUUUAUGCUUCAUACAAAGUUGGGUGAUUGAUUGUGCCGUGGUCAUAGACCAUCAUGCACGUUUUUGUUUUAAAGCUUUUUAAAUUGCCACUUCACGGAGGGGGGAAGGGGAGGCUCAUUUUACACAAUUCAGGAGUUACAUGGACUCAGUCUCAACUUGCAGUUUUUUUGCUUCGAGAACAAAUCAAUAACCAAUCUCUUUGGAAUCUAGCUUUUACUGUGGAAGGACCCAAAGAUUCUAUCAGAAGCAAACACAUACUCCCCAGGGGAGGACAGGAAGCAUUUCCUUUGCGAGUGUUUAUGUUCCGGCAUAAUCUAGGAACCCUCCAAGUUUAUCUCAUUAUGAACUAAUUCUAAAUUCUUACUGUCCAUAAAGGUUAUAAUUCUAGAAUAUUGUCCUUCCUAUUUGAUAGACAGUGGAUAGGAAAGUGAGAUAGACACAGCAUUUCGAACCAGUCUCUCUCACUAAAAUAGUAAAUACUUUAAGCCUUUAAAGUGAAGUUGAUGCUAGCUGCAAACAUUUACUCUUGUAUUUAUCUUCACUAGAAAACUGUGGACUGUAAUUUAUUUUACUAAAUAUGUACGAGAUUGUUUGGCUUUUGUGUUCAGGUGAGAAAUAUUGAGGUUUUUUUUUUUUUUAUUUAAUUUCAUGUUGUUAUUGUUAUUGUUUUUAUAAUCCCCAGUUGGGGGAGGGGAAAGCAAGAGUCUGGUACACAAGUAUGCAUAGUUUAAAAACAAGUGACCUUUUGGGAAUGUAAGAAUGUAGAAGAUGAUUUUAGUCACACUAGAGGUGGGACUCAAACUACUUGUCUGUCGUCAAAGCCUGUGUUUGUACAGAAAAGGGAGCACCUUCCCAGGGUGUAAAGGUAGGAGUUUUCUAAGCUGCCCUGUAUAUUGGUGAAAGAGUCUCCUCUGCCACAAGGGUCCCUCCAGAAUCUUCCACAGGAAUUUCCCCCUGCUAAUGCCAUGCCAGGUUGCCCAGUGUGGGCUCCUCAGAGCACGUCCCUCUGUUGUUAACUACACUGAAUUUCUGACUUGUUUUCUGAGGGCCUUGGAAAAAAAGAACCAAUUAUUCCCACAGACAUGUGUAUGAAGCCUAAAUAACAUCCCCCCCUCAAAUUUUUUUUUCAAAAAUAUAGUAAGGGAAGACAAGAGUAAUAUUCCUUUAAAUUUCUUACAGGCAUGUAAAAUUUUAUGUGUUUAUAUAGAGAGGCUGUCAGCAUAUAGUAUUUAUAUUUGGGCAAGAAGGGUUAAAUCAAAUUUUUAAUAUAAGUAAGCAUAGUUCCUUUAAAGAUCAAUAGUAUUUAUACUCUGAUAAGAGUACCAAGCUUAGUUUAGUUAUUUAUUUGUCCCUUUUUUUCUCCUUUGGGGGAAAAUGGUGUGGUGUUGUUUUGAGAGGGAUUUUUGUUUUAUUCUUUUUUUUUUUUUUUUUGUCACUUAGAUUCACUAAAUUUGGGGAUGGUUUUAUUAAAGUGUAUUAACUUCUUUUUAACCAAAGCUUUCUGAAUAUGACCAGCUUCAGGUGCUAGUGCAUUAAAGAGCAACUAAACCUAAUUCCAGUGUCCAUUUGUGAAAUAGUAAGAGCUAAUUGAACUUCUCUAAGGGUGAGAGAGAACAUAAUGUUGAACUUAAAAGAAAUUCCUUUUCCCAGAAAGGAUUUUGCAUAUUCCUAAUGCAAAAAACAUGAGACUCCAAUACUGGUAAUAGUCAUGCCAUGGUGACAUUGCUUUUAUGGUAAACCAAGAUAGAGUAACGUCAUGCUGUUUCUAGGUGUUUCUGAAAGAAAAGCAGGUCUGUCCUUACUUCAUCAGCAGGAUGGAUUGGGAUCUAAGUUGGGAUGUGAAAUUAAAUAAUAAGUUUAGUUGAAUAAACUAUGGAGUCCAGAAUAGGAUAUGAAAAACUUUGCAUUUUUAUUUUCUUCCUUAUUGUAAAAACACCUGGGCAAUGACACAAACUUUUUGGUGAUAUCAGAACAACCAUUCUUAAUAGUUCUUAGAGUUAAAGUUUCCUAAGCUUAAAUGUCCAAUAAUAAUCUUGGAAGGAUUGGAACCACGUCAUUGUUAACCCGGCUACUGUAAUGCCCUCCCUAUACAAUUUUUUUUCCGUAAGGAAAAUGAGGCUAUUUGUAUAAAGCCUGAAGACCUUCUGUUACAGUGUUGUCCACUUGAUUGUAUUACAUGGUGAAAAAAACUGGCCUUGGUCACAAUGCAAACAGAAGUGCAGAUGAAAGUGCUUAUUGGACAGUUUGCAAAUUAUGUUAAAGCUAUGGAUUUUUUUUUAGUGUUCGGCAUCUUAAUUUGUGUUAAAAGUAUGGAUUUUUUUCAAGUCUUCAGCAUCCUAAUUCACCCUUUAUGACUUAAGAAAAAUAUGGCUUAAGACACUGCUUCUAAGUUUGGUUGUUCUUUAUGGUGCGGAUACCCAGAUAUUUGUAAGCGUGUGGAGAUAGGCUGAGAGUCAGGUGAAGGAGAGUGUGUGUGUCUGUGUGUGUGAUCUGCGUGUGUGUGUGUGUGUGUGUGUGUGUGUUGGACCGCUUCUAGGCUACUAAGUGUCAAUGGAAAAGAAAAUGUAUUCAAAAUACUUAAAUCAAAACUAGAAGAUGGAAAAAAAAAAGAUUUAUUCUAUACAAAGCCUUGUCUGGACCACUUUAGAGAGACUUCUAUUUUUUUAACCCUUCUAUAAAUAUUUGAUGGCACUUGAAAUAUUCCUGCAAUAAAAUGUGAUUUGUGUAAAGAAAAAAAAAAGAUUUUGUAAUGUGAAACAAAGAAAGAAAGUAAUGUAAUUUUCUAAAAAAAAAAAUACAAACAAACAAACUUUGUAUUAUUUUCUUGAUGGAAUUUGUCUAUCUGUCUUUGGAAAACUUUUUAUUUCAUUGAAUGUGCCAUAGUAGCAAUGUGUGUUUUUAGUUUCAGACUAAAGACUAGCUAGCUGUUGUGUUCCGACAUUCCAACAUGCAAAACAACCUAGUAGGAUCUUUAAAGAAAAGGUUUAAGUAGUACGUAAGCUUCUCUCAUCGUUGCUUUUUUUGCACAUGAACUUCAUCCCUCUCUAGUGCAAUAUGUACAUAGAGCACUUGCAGGUGUACUUGAUCCCUCAGGGAAAAAUACAUAUUUGUACAGUUUUUUGGGUUUUUUCGUUUUCGUUUUUGUUUUUUGUUCUGCCUUUUGUUUUGGGCUAAGGAAUGUCGAUCGAAUCACUUGUUAUUGUUGAGGGGCAGCCAGAUAAUUAUCCUAAAGCCACUGUUUCAAACAUUGAUUGUUUAGAUCAUGUGUCCUUCCAGUGCUAUGAUUUUAAGAGAAUAAUAAUAAUAAUAAAAGGUUAUUUUCUGACAGUUCUUUGUGCUGAUUGGUGAAAAAAAAAGGGUAAAUAAGCACCUUAUGAUUGACUUACUGUGAAAGACAAUCCAUCUUAGCAUCAACGAUAGAAGCCCUAUCAUUUUGGAGUUGGGGUUAAGAGUCAGAAACAAUGUGCUCAGGGAUCUUCUAAAACUCUUAAAACAGGGUGGCCAGUACUACUGGGACAAAUUGUGUUUUUUAUUAAUAAUAAUGAUAAUAAUACUAUCCCUCCAAGGCACAAGCGGACUGUAUAGAACUGUGUGUGUGUAACUCUGCACUGUUGUCUUGUUCUGUUGAGAUCAGUUUUGUGUGAAAGCACUGACUAACUUCCAAAGCAAAAUCAUGCCAGUGCGUUCCCAAGUUAAACUGAUAGGGAAUGCACCCACCAAGAGCAUCCUUCCAACGACAGUCGUCGCAUAGUCCAUUUACCACUUCUCUAAUCAGUAAAAUAUCUGGGAUAAACAUAGGUAGCAUUAAAUGUUAAAAACGAUUCCAAAUUCUACACAUUAUGGGUAAAAAUUAAAAGCCAGAGAUGAGAGAGGAGACCUGCCCCUGUCUCUGAGUACAGUGAGAUAGGUGAAAAAUGAAACGUUUUUAAAAUGCCAGCAACUAACGAUUGUUUUCACGCGUUCUCCUCUAGAAGCAAACCAAAAAUUCCUUCCUGCAAAACAAUUCUUACUCCUUGGUGUGUGUCACACUUUAUGGGGGCAAGACAUGAUUGCAAGAGGGACUUUACCUAACAAUUACAAUCAGUGUAACCUGGUUUAUUGUACCCUCAAUGAAUCCCCAACAAUAAAAAAAAUAAAAUAAAAUAAAAACAAAAAAAGAAACAAUUUUUACUUCUACAUUUGUUAUUUAUGUCUGAUAAGUUAAUACAAGACCUCAUGUCUAAAGACAAAACAAAACCGGCCUGUAUGACAGCCACCUUGAGUCAGCUUUUAAGGUUGUAUUUUAUAUUUUUGAAAUACAGUUUUGUUAUAUUCCUAUCUAUUACUUUCCAUAAAGUUAGACAAGGUCAGUGGAAUUAUUGGCUCUGAUUCUUCCACCCCUGGAAUACAGACUCAGAAGAAUAUUUACAUAUUUUCUUACGAUGCUAAAAGAGCAUAACUUGGGAAAACAUUCCGUGUCUACCAGAUGAAAAAGAUACCUUUACCAUUUUUUUUUUAUAAUAAAGAAUGUUGAAAAUGGCAGAAUCUCUCCUCUCUCUCUUCCUCACUCUCUGUGUGUCUAUACAAACACACAGGUUAUUGACAUUUACAUACUAUUACAUGUGAUUGCCACUUCUACUGUUAAACCCCUGGAGAUAACUUUAUACUAUGGAUCAAAUUAUGUGCCCAGAAAUGCAAUUGCAACAGCAAGUCUUGAUCUUUUGCCAAUAGCCUAUGACACAGGUAUUCAUUCUGUCCCUUUAUAAACACUAGGAUUAUAAAAAGCUUCCACCAGAGUUGAUUACAGAACCUCUGUAAUUUUUAAGACAAGAGAAGACUGACUAGCAAUGUCUCCAUAGUGCAAUUGCUUUUACUUCUGACUCUAUUUGCUUGUUUAUAGGUAUAAAGGAGAUCAGUUUUGUCAGGCUCUCAGAAUAAUUUUUAAAAUCAUCUAGAAGUCAGACUUCAUGCCAAGGAGCCAUCACGGGGCAGGGGUGAGGAGAAUCUCCAUGUUCAACCAAACCUUCAGAACUUAGAGCAAUAAAUACAUUCAGUCAUUUACGUAUACAUGAAUGACAGAACCGUCAAUCCAAAUAGAAACGACCUUUUUUUCAGUGAUGCAAUGUAACAUGGAGUCGUGUUCUGAGAAAGUGAACAUGAACGGGUUAGAGUUCAUGUCUGCGGCUUACAUUUAGUGUCUUUUAGCGUACUUUACCACCUUCACAGCAUCACACUCACAUUUUUUUCUUCUUUCCUUCUGAGAACAAUGAGAGCGAGCUUGCUGUUAGCUUUCACAUGCUGCACACGCCAUUCUGUUGUUCUCUGAGAACAACUAAAUUCUCUACUUUGUUCACGUGUGAUUCCUUUCUCACCGUUACUAUUUUAAUGUGGAUACUAUUUCUAGGAACUUGCUUAUCAUUGAGAAGAUUGCAUAUGUAAAUGCAGAUAAUUCUUGAGCAAUAUCGUGAAUAUGAUUUCACAAAACAAACAAUCCACAUGUACUGUACACACCUUCCUGGAUCCAAAAUUCUCAUCCAUAAGCGUCUCAAAUCUCAUAUUAAACAGUGGUCAAUUUCUAAACAUUAGGACAUUAGCUGGCUGCUUCUUUAAAUGUACCUGUAUCGUCUGCCUGCUCCUUUUGUGGAGAUGUGUUUUUGUAUUGGAUGUUUGGGCCAAUGGGAGGCUUCAAGCUACAACAUAUUUUCCCAGUUUAAAUAUAUUUAACAUACGACAAACCCCAGACAAGGCUUUUAAUAUGUAUAAAGAACUGCAGUGUUAGGUGGUUUAUUUGCAAACCGUUUUCAAUAUUGUCCAUUUUUAUGGCACCUUUAACAAUAAUCUUGUUUCCAAAGUACAAAAAAAAAAAAAAUAGGUUAAAUAAUCUAGCCAUAACUGAAUGUCAAGCAAUAAAACAAAUGACUUUUGUGCAUAGACUUAAAAAAAUACAAAUUUUAGACAUCUGCAUGUAAAUGCAAUCUCUCGUUUACUGCUUUCUUCAACUUGAGCAAUUGAUUCCUUAUUUACUAUUAACUUAAGAACUUGUAAUGGCCUGUAAACAUUUUCUCUCUAAUACUUCUUUCACAUUUACCUUCGUCCCUGCUUUUGAGUCAUAAUAUUUAAUGUUGUUCUGCACAUCUCUAUCCAGUUAACUUUUUGGCUUUCAUUCUGUAUAGAUAAGAAAAUGUUAUAUUAUAAACAGCCUACUCAGUGCAAAUAUCUAUCUGUUUAUCAAAUCCACAAUAUGCUGUAUAAUACCGGUUUUACUAUAUAAUCUAUUUUAGACAUAGCUGUUUAGAACUAGAGUGUGCUAUUUUUGUGUUUUUCUGAUGUGUGGUGCUAGAUAAGUUACUUUUGUGAACAAACGAAAAAAAAAACCCCUUUUAUUCCUAGACAAUACCACCUUUGGGUCUUGUUAAUUUCACUGAGUAUAACUAUAUAUUUGUAUAUAUAUACAUAUAUAUAUAUAUAUCUACCUGUGCCCAACUGGCAGCUGUAUCAGAGUGCUGGAUUUGGGACAUGCUUUUCUCUUUAAAUACAUAAUAUCAUUAUAUAAAUUAUUCUAGAGUAUAUUUAAUUAGGAUAAAAUUACUUCCUUAGUAUGGAUAUUUGACAUCUAUAGGGUGAAAUUUGUUUAUAAAUAUGAAUAUAUGGAAAGUUAUUAGCAUUUACUUUAUGUUUGCUACUUGGCUUUAUACCAUAUCUCAAGAGCUGAAAAAUAAUUUGCCAGGCCUUUAAGAUCCUAAAGAAACAUUCUCAUUUAAUGAAGUAACACAUUUUUUUUCUGAUUAAGGAAUUAUAUUAUUGGCACCUGACAGAGUUGUACGCGGAGCCGUACAUGUAGUUGUACACGGAGCUCCUAUUAGAGACAAUAGCCAUUUCUAUACGACGUCUUUGGAGGCUUGAUAGCAAAAUCAACUUUUCCCCUCCUACGUGAGUCAUGAAAAGUAUGGAGACAUCACUGGCGGAACAGGGGCCAUAAGGCAAAUUUGACAAGGGAUGUUCUGUUUUAAUAUGACCUUAACCAGUUCCAUGAACUGAGUGAAGGACCUGCAUUUUAAAAGUCAUUUAAUAAUCAACUUUAAUUAAACCCUUUCACCCAUUCUCCCAAUAUCUACUGGCAUUGUUAAAAAUCAAAGUAUAUCAAAUAUCUAACUAAGGAUGUAGUUAACCUUAUUAAAUAUUGAUUAGAAUUGUUCUGUAAUAUUACUGAAUUUGUAAGAUCUUCAGCAAAGAUUUUUGAGCAAUUUAUAAGUAUAGAGCAAAUGUUUCUGUUUAUUGCACUUUUGUAAUUGAAGGUGAUGAAUCUCAAGCCAUGAUUAUUGGCUUCCAUGCACUGCGUAUUUACCCACAAUUCUAGACGUUUUCCAUUUUUAUGGAAAAGUUGCUGUUCCCUUGAUCACAAAUGCAAUUGUGUGGUUAAUGAGCGCGAAUGCUAACAGUUAACCUUUUAAAAUGGAUUGGCUACAGUUUAGGGAGAAAUCUCUUUUAAUACACAUCAUGUCAUUCCUUAACUGCCUUGCUUGGAAAGAGAUUAAAACCUUAUUUUUUUUUUUAAAGCACCAUUUAGCAUCCUAAGCAUUCUGAGGGUAGAGAUUGUACUUAUCUCUUUGUGUCCGCACAAUGGCCAGCACAUGUCAGCAUUUGAUACCUGAUAACAAGUGUGCCCCAAGUAAAACUUUUCUCCUGGGUUGUUUUGGUAAAUUUACAAAGUAAUCCAAGCCUUAGGGUUAACAUUUCCUUCUACAACCCAAGUAUUAAGCCACAUUUGAACAGACCACAUGAAAUGCUGAUUCUAAUUGUGUGUAGGUCUUGAGGAUUAAGCACACAAAUUUCACAACCUCUUUGAGUAACAAACUCAGCCUUCUGUAAAUAUACAUGCAAGUUUGGAAACAGUACCUAUACUGUACCUAUAAAUAUAUGCUGUCCGUUUUGUGUACAGUAUGUAAAAAUCUCCUUUUCUGCCACACUAAAAAUGCAAGCCAUUUAUGGGAACCCUAAAAAUAGUACUGAACUAAAACUUUGCUAAUGAUCUUUAUUAGAGGAUCAUCCAACUUUUCACUUUCAUUGGGUUUUCUUUUCAAUUCACUCUUACAGUAGUCUGCUUAUUUCCAGCUGUUUAUUUUAUUGAGUCCUGAAUAAAAAAAAAUAUUUUGAUUCAUUUUGUAAAUACAAGCUGUAAAAAAAAAGAGAGAUUUAAUGUUGUCUUUUAAAUACUGCGAUUUUCAUUCUAAUAUGAAUGUUGUUAUAUUGUACUUAGAAACUGUACCUUUAAUAUUACAUUACCUUUAUUAAAAGUGCAUUGAACACAUCAAUUUUAGAUGUGCUUUAUGUACUGUUAUCCCAUAAUAAAACUUCAGCUUCUAAUGGAA